UGUUUCUACCAAUUGUGAUUAGAGUGAAAUUGCAAGUAUCCGUUCAUAAUGGAAGCCGCUAAGGAGAAGGUCUCGAACAUCUCUGCAACAGCUAAGGCUGGCUUGGACAAGACGAAGGCCACAGCUGAAGAAAAGGUCGACAAAGUGAAGACAAGGGAUCCGCUACAGAAGGAAGUGGCGGAGGACAGAAAAGACCAGAAGAUUCAUCAAGCUGAGUUGGAGAAGCAGCAAGCGUACGAGCAGAAUGCUAUACAUAAGGGAGAAGCUCAUCACACAGGACUCGGGCACCAAACUGGCCUGGGCGGGCACCACACAGGAGUUGGGCAGCAUACCGGCUUGGGUGGGCACCACACUGGAGUUGGACACCAUACUGGCUUAGAUGAGACUACUGGUGGCGCAACUGGCUUACACAGUACUAAUGCACCAAUUACAGACACUAAUAAACACUUGCCUGGCCACCACACUGGCACAGGAUUGUAGGAAGGCACUUUAUGCUCUUCCUCGGGUGUAUUACAACAUGGCUUUUUAAAGUUAUACAUGCAAUAAAUAGGGUGAAAAACUUUGGUAUUUAAGCUUGUCGGCUUUUGCAUCCCUGAACUUUGUUUGGAGUGACGGUGUGUAUUAUUUAUGUUUGGUGUGAAAUUAUUGUAUCGUGUUGGUUUUUCUUAUUUCUACUGUAAUCAUGAUGAUUAGUUCGUCUGUGUAAUAAAGAAUAUAUUUCAAUAAAAUACAUUCUCGGCGACACAUUUUUUA